AUAGUGCACAAAAUGGCAUCCAAAAGUACCUACAAUAUCCUGGGAUACAUCUACACCGGACUGUGCCUGACCGGAUCGUUACUUUUGAUUAUCAAUGUUAGCACAGCCAUCGAAGCCACGGGUGUUUCUGUGGCUUCGGUCGUUGUCACAGCAUUUUCUUCAGCGUGUUUGCUGUUCAGUUUGGUUUUGUUGUUCGGGAUUGUAAGGCAAAACAUUCGUCUCAUCACGCUUUAUCUUUGCUUCCUGGUGGUUGUGUUUGUCCUAAUGGAGUUGUCGAUCAUCAUUGUCAGCCAGAAAAUUACAAGUUACAUUGCGGAUUACAUCCUAGUAAAACCGAUAUUCGGAACUGCAUGCCUUGGCUUGUUUCUGUUUCUAUCGGUCGCCAUUCUGGGGUUUGUCGUUGUGGGGUUUUCCCUGGCGAUGUGGCUCAUUAAUGGACUGAUAAUCGGGAUUCAAGAAGAACCAGAGGUUUCUUCACUACACUCCUUAGUAAAUGAAUCCUGUGAUGAAAAAUAAAAAUUGUAAAUGAGAUAUUUUCCACCAAACUUUUUAUUUUAACAUUUACGCUACUUUUAUCGUCACUUUUACGAUUAUUAUCAUUGUUGAUUGGAUAUUGCUGAGGUAAGGAUAAGCUUUAAACAAAUUUUAAUCAAUAAGUUGUAUUUUAUGAGAAUGAGCGUCACAUAAUCACAAGCAUGGAAGUGAAUAGUUAUUUGAUCGUUUCUUACACAUCCAUAUGUAAGUAUGUGAAGUAGAUUGUUGGUUUUUUUUUCAGGAAAUUUUUUUUUGUUAUAGUAGGUAAUAUAUGGCUAUAUGUAGGGGAGAGUGGGGUAACGUGGGCCACUCUAAACAUCUCAGCUGUGUGUUGAGAUAAAAAUCCCAAUCCAACUGUCAUCGUCGUCGCUUUGCGUAAGCAUGUUUUUCUAUAUGUUGUUGACUUACGUACGCAUCAUGUGCUUCCUUUAUGUAACAAGCCUAGAAAAAUGUACUUACAUAACUAAACAAACAUCCGCAAAAUUGCAUCCGUGGGAGACUUAAAGUACACAACAAAAAUAUGCCCAUGCGCUUAUGAUCUUAGUUUUGCCAUGUUCUUUCACGUGGAAAAGAAAUUUUUGAUGAAACAACAAUAAGUCACACAAACGCAACCAAUUUGCAAAUAAUUGCUUGUGGGGAAUCGUGGGCCACAUUUUGUGGGGUAUCUUGGGCCACCUUUGUUUUGGUGUUUUGACACACAAUGAAAAAUGUUUUGCUCAUCUUUUCUAAUGCGCUAGAGACGAACAUAAAUCCCAUAUUUGUAAUUUUGCCGAAACGUUCGCGAGCCAGGGUUUAGGAACUAUUCGAUUAAGCACAGCUCUCUUUUUUAUUUCCUCCUCCGAAUUGCUUUAAAAUAACGAGAUGAAUUAUGAAAUUUCAGUUUCGGGUCAACUCAUAAACUUUGUACGUUAUCUAGUCAAUUUGGAUUUGGUAGCUCACGUUUCCCCACAGUUUUUCAAAAUCCAAAAAAAAAACUUUUUUUAAAACAGUCAGAACUCGGGAGAUUGAUGUAUUUAAAAAAUUAUUAAAAAAUGCCUAAUGAUACCUUAUAGAUGUACAAAACCUUGCCAUUUAUUUUUUUCUUUUUAUUCUUAAUAAUAAAGAAGUUAUGAAACAAAGAAAAAAAAGUGGCCCAAGAUACCCCACUCUCCCCUACAAAUUUAACACAUGCCUCACUCGGUCUAGAGCGUCAUAGAACGAUUAUUUUUAUUGAUAACUUUAAGCAUUUGAACCACAUUUAACCUAACUGGACUAGAUAAUUAAAAAGUCAAAAAUUUCCCAAGCUACAUUCAGCCUUUUUUAAAAAAAAGAUCGAUUUUCCUCGGGCACGAAGAGGUUUUCCAAAGGGUCGAGGCCAAGUCAGCCCAAGUUCGGCCUCUUCCUACCCCACCAACAUCAGAUACGGCAACAAGUCACCGGCUUGUGUGCGUUUAAGCUAAGGUAGUAAAUUACAGUCCACUAUUUAUAAUGUUUUUGAGAAUGAGUGUGUACGGUUUUAAUUAUCGGAGUAAGUUCAAUAUCAAUAUCAAAUUCAACAAUAUCAAUAAUGUUCUUAUUUCUCCAUCAGUGCCGGCACCUCCUCAAGAUGGGGCUGCUCCACUUCAGCGCACGCACGGGACCUCAUUGCACGACGCUUUCGCCCCUGUUGCAGCUCGACGAACUUCCAUGAUUCCUGGCUGACGACCUCCGAAUGCUCUCCAGGUACGACGACCUUCCAUGAUCCCUGAUCCGGCGACCCAUCUGGCUUCGAUCCGACGACCUUCCAUCUGACUUCUAGUCUCAACUCCCUUGCUGUGGCUCAAAGCUUUCUUUUUCGCCCGACGCCUUUCCUGAGGCCUGCGCCUCCCAGUGACUCCAGCCCGACGACCUCCGCUUGGCUUUCUGGUCCGAUGACCUUCCAUUGCACCGGCUUAGUGAUCUUCCGUGGUACCCCGCUCGUAAGUCCACCCCCCAGUGACUCCUGGAUCGAUGACCCCACCUGGUUCCUGACUUGACGCCCGCCUACUUUCCAUGGCUUCCGGUUCGAAAACCUACCAGUCAGUAGCACUGGCCCGAUGACCGCAUCAGUGGUUCCAGCCCUUAGACCUUCCAUGGCACCAGUCCCACGACCUCCCAUUGGCUCCGGUCCGACGACCUUGGCUGGACGCCUCACCAAUGGCACGUCGACCUUCCUCUGGCUCGCGGCUCGCUGACCUUCCUAUGGAUUCCCGUCAGCUAGGAAUGGAUUCGGCCGAACGAUCUCCCUUGGCACCAGUCCGACGACCAUCCGUUUUUCCUGGAUUGCCGACCUCCACCUGGCUUUCACGGUCUCCGGCUCACCGACCUUCCAGUGGCCCCGGUUCAACGACUUCCAUAUGGCACGAUGACCUCUAAAUGGUUCUUAGUUCGUUGUCCUUCCGGGCUUCGACUUUGUUCGACGUUGUUCUUUCAUCAGCGCUGGCACUUCUUGUUACUGUUUUCUGGUUGGAGGUAGAACUUGGAAUACUUCUAACUUAACCUCCUAUUUAUAGUAAAACUUUCCCUAAUAUCUAAUAGUUUAUAAAUUAUGUGUAUGUUGUUAUUUGUCCCACCGAUUGCUACGAUGAGACAAAGCUCAACCAUAUGUCCCAUAUUCUGCGCUUCUAAAAAGAACCAAUAAACGACCUCGUAUUGGUAGAACAAACAUUUAAGUGAAUUUAUAUUUUUAAAUUGCGACCCAGAGAUGGGUCUUGACUCAAACAUUCAGUCAGCGAAACUUUUUUUGUAGAGAAAUGAAUCCAACUUAACCCUUUAAUGCAUGACUUUUUUAAAAUGAGAAUUGCAGUUAUUGAUUCAGUGGAAUAAUAACAUUUUAAUUCGAAUAACACAAAUCAACAGGUUUUAAGUCGUUCUUUUGAGUAUUAUAAAAGUUAUGGCCCAUCAAAGUUGAAAAAUAUUUUUUUCAAAUCUUAAUUCAUUUCAAUACGAAUAUGCAAAUUUCUUUUAAACCUUGUCAAUUGGGUGCAGGAAGGUGUUUGUGAUUGAUUGAGGAUAAAAAAUGUGAUAGAAUUUGCGAAUUUGAAAAAAUAUCAGCAAUUUUCUAAAAACUACUUUUUUCGAAAAAAUAAAUAAAUUUAAAUUUUGCAUUUUUUCCGCAUACUUUGUUCGAUAUCUCACGGAAACAUUGAAAUACCGUAACAAAAAUACCAUGGGCUAAUUCCUUUUAAUUUCUAGAACAUUUUUUGUCCAUACACCUUUCAAAAAUAUCCACGCGUUUCCGAGAUAUUUGGAUUUAGAUUAGUGUUGUUUUAAAACAACACUAUGCAUUAAAGGGUUAAAUGAAA